AUGAAAUUGAAUAUUGCCUAUCCAGUUACUGGAUGUCAAAAAUUGAUUGAUAUCGAUGAUGAUCGUAAACUUCGUCCAUUUAUGGAAAAACGAAUAGCCCAAGAAGUUGAUGCAAGUUGUCUGGGUAAUGAAUGGAAUGGUUAUGUUUUACGUAUAACUGGUGGUAACGAUAAACAAGGUUUUCCAAUGAUGCAAGGUGUUUUGACAAAUCAACGUGUUCGUUUACUAUUGGAUAAACGUCAUAAAUGUUAUCGUCCAAGUCGCAAUGGUGAACGUCGUCGAAAAUCUGUACGUGGAUGUAUUGUUGAUGCAAAUUUAUCAGUAUUAGCAUGUGUUAUAAUAAAACGUGGUGAACAAGAUAUUGACGGUUUAACAAACAAAACGAUUCCUCGUCGUCUUGGACCAAAACGUGCUAAUCAUAUUCGAAAAUUAUUUAAUUUAAGUAAAGAAGAUGAUGUCCGAAAAUAUGUCGUACGACGACCAUUAACGAAAGAAGGGAAAAAACCAAGACAAAAAGCACCAAAAAUUCAACGUCUCAUUACACCAAGACGAUUACAACGUAAACGACACUUGUUGUCUAUGAAGAAAAGACGUGCUGAAAAACAACGUGUAUUACAAAAUGAAUAUGCUAAAUUAGUACAACAAUACAUGAAAGAAAAACGUGAAAGAAAACGUAGUGAAUCAAAACGACGAUCAUCAACAAGAGAAUCAACAUCGAAAGCAUAA